AUGUCAAUCAACCAUAUUAUACCUGAUUCAGAAAACUAUUCAUUUCGUCUUGGUAUUCCUGAUGAUUUGAGAAAAGAAUAUCCUAUUAUUAAUAUGGCUUUAUUUGCCUUGACAAAAAUUUUACAAAAUGAUCAUCUACAAAAAAAUUUUUAUCCUCAUUUUAUUCCUAUUGAUCAAUAUCAAUAUGAUUAUCCGAAACAAGUAUCUGAAUCAAUACGAGCUCAAAUCAAACAAGUAUUUACUGAUGAAAAUUUACCAAGAGUAAUUUUUCAAGAUGAUAGUCAGCUGUUUGCGGUCAAUGAUUAUUCUAUUUAUGGGUUUUACAAUGGACGAUUAUUAGAACAAGAUGAAGAUAUAAUUUAUAUGAAAAAGGAAGUAAGGCCGAUGUUUUAG